UGGCAGAGUGUCCGCGCUACACACGAGCUUGUGUAAGCCAGGCAGGGCGCAGCGUUACCAUGGUCUUCUCCAUCCCGCCGACACAUCCCCGGCCGGUCCGUUUUACUUCCGCGAUCAGCUUCAGCAGAGUGUGCGAGCUUGAAGGAUCUCGUAGCUUGAGCGCAGAAUGCACGGGGGAAGGAGAGGACUGGUGGCGCCGCAGAACACUUUUUUGGAAAACAUCGUCCGACGCUCAAGCGAGACCAGUUUUCUCUUGGGUAAUGCUCAGAUCGUCGAAUGGCCCAUAGUGUAUAGUAAUGACGGAUUCUGCAAGCUGUCUGGCUACCACAGGGCUGAGGUCAUGCAGAAGAGCAGUACUUGCAGUUUUAUGUAUGGUGAAUUGACAGACAAGAAGACAAUAGACAAAGUCAGACAGACUUUUGACAACUAUGAAUCCAAUUGCUUUGAAGUUCUACUCUAUAAGAAGAACAGGAGCCCAGUAUGGCUAUACAUGCAGGUGGCCCCGAUCAGGAACGAAAACGAUAAAGUGGUUCUGUUCCUCUGCACCUUUAAGGACAUAACCGUCUUCAAACAGCCCAUCGAGGACGAGACCACCAAAGGAUGGACCAAAUUUGCAAGACUGACCAGAGCGCUGACCAACAGUCGUGGUACACUCCAACAACUCACCCCCUUAAACAAAACUGAAGUGAGCCACAAGCAUUCACGACUGGCUGAGGCUCUUCAGUUAGGCUCAGACAUCCUCCCGCAAUACAAACAAGAGGCUCCAAAAACUCCUCCUCAUAUCAUCCUACACUACUGCACCUUCAAGACCACCUGGGACUGGGUCAUCCUCAUCCUUACCUUUUAUACUGCCAUCAUGGUGCCAUAUAACGUCUCCUUCAAGACCAAACAGAACAACCUGGCCUGGCUGGUGGUGGACAGUGUAGUGGAUGUCAUCUUCUUGGUGGACAUUGUGCUUAAUUUCCACACCACUUUUGUAGGGCCUGGUGGAGAGGUUAUUUCAGAUCCUAAACUUAUCCGCAUGAACUAUCUGAAAACCUGGUUUGUCAUUGACCUGCUCUCCUGCCUGCCAUAUGACAUCAUCAAUGCUUUUGAGAAUGUGGAUGAGAAAUAUUCCCCAUUAUUUCAGGACUCCAUCACUGAAUCCUCUGCAGUGGGCCACAUUCCGGCAGCACGGAACGUCACACGCACCGAAGACUCCUUGUUGCCGGGACUCAGCAGCCUUUUCAGCUCGCUUAAAGUAGUCCGUCUUCUGCGUCUGGGCCGUGUGGCUCGUAAACUGGACCACUAUCUGGAGUAUGGAGCUGCUGUUCUGGUUCUCCUUGUCUGCGUCUUUGGCUUGGUGGCUCAUUGGUUGGCCUGUAUCUGGUACAGCAUCGGUGAUUACGAGGUCAUUGAUGAAGUCACCAACACCAUUAAGACAGACAGCUGGCUCUAUCAGCUAGCAAACAGUAUCGGCACACCUUAUCGGUACAAUGCCAGUGGAUCAGGCCAGUGGGAGGGAGGACCCAGUAAGGACACUCUGUACAUAUCAUCACUUUACUUCACAAUGACCAGCCUGACUACCAUCGGCUUUGGAAACAUCGCUCCUACCACGGAUGGCGAGAAAAUCUUCUCUGUGGCUAUGAUGAUGGUGGGCUCUCUCCUGUAUGCCACCAUCUUUGGAAACGUGACCACUAUUUUCCAGCAGAUGUAUACUAAUACCAACCGCUACCAUGAGAUGCUAAACAAUGUACGGGAUUUCCUGAAGCUCUAUCAGGUGCCUAAAGGACUGAGUGAAAGAGUAAUGGACUACAUCGUCUCAACAUGGGCCAUGUCAAAAGGCAUCGACACAGAGAAGGUGCUGUCUAUCUGUCCAAAAGACAUGCGGGCGGACAUUUGCGUACACCUUAACCGCCAGGUGUUUAAUGACCAUCCUGCCUUCCGGCUGGCAAGUGAUGGCUGUCUGCGCUCUUUAGCUGUGGAGUUCCAGACCACACAUUGCGCACCAGGAGACCUCAUCUUCCAUGCAGGAGAGAGUGUUGACACGUUAUGCUUUGUGGUGUCCGGCUCGCUUGAGGUCAUUCAGGAUGAUGAGGUUAUUGCAAUUCUUGGUAAGGGUGAUGUGUUUGGUGAUGUUUUCUGGAAAGAGACCACGCUUGCUCAUGCAUGUGCCAACGUGAGGGCGCUGACUUACUGUGACCUGCAUGUUAUCAAGAGAGAGGCCCUGCUGAAGGUGCUGGAAUUCUACACAGCUUUUGCCAACUCCUUCUCACGUAACCUCAUUCUCACCUGCAACCUCCGGAAGCGGAUUGUCUUCCGUAAAAUAGCAGAUGUGAAGAAGGAGGAGGAGGAGAGGAGACACCAGAAAAAUGAGGUGACACUCUCCAUUCCUGUGGACCAUCCAGUCCGCAAACUCUUCCAGAAGUUCAAACAGCAGAAGGAGAUGAGAGCACAGGGGUCCUUGCUGCCUGACUUGGAGAGAAACCAGCUCCAUGUGGAGCACCAGCUCCAUCCACUGUCACACCACCACCAUCAGCAGCACCAUUAUCCUCAGCCCCAAUACCAGAUGCACCAUCAUCAUCAUGGACCCUCUAUGCAAAAUGGGGCACCUGGUUUGGGUGGAGGUAGUGGUAAUGGAAGCUCCACAGUUGUGACUGUUUCGCAGAUAACCGCAGUUCAAAGCUCUCUGGCAUAUGUUCAAACAGAGGACUCCAGUUUGAGGGCCUGCCAUGAGGCCAUGGAGCUUAAGCCCAGCCUGAGGGUGGCUGAUCAGAACUGCCUAAAGUUCACCAGUCCUGUCCGACCGAGGGGUGGUGGAGGUAGUGCUGCUGGUGGUGGUCGUCGGGGAUGGAUGCGUCUCAGGAACACAGAAAAUGGAGCCUCAUUUGCUCCUCUAUCUAACUCAGAUUGGCCACAGAGGGAAGAGGAGUGGGGAGAUGUUGCCCAAACCCUGAGACCACUCCCGGAAGAUACACAAAACCAGGUGGCUGAAGGUAAUGACCCCAUUACCCUAAGUUCGGACAGCAAUGGAAGUGACAAUGCAAAUGGAGGCACUGAAGAAUCAGAUGAGAAGAGUGCACUACACAAGACUGAAUCUUGUGACAGCGGUAUCACCAAAAGUGACUUACGCAUUGACAGGGUAGGUGACUCUCGUAGCCCCAUGGAGCGGAGCCCAUUUGAGCAGCCUAGCCCUGGAGUAGGGGCCUUGACCACAAGAUGUCUUUCUUUCCUACCUGUGCCUGAGCAUGCUCUGCUUCAAAACACCUUGCAGGAGGCUAAGAUGGAACUUAAGGAAGAUAUCCAGACUCUAAGUGGUCGUCUGUCUGUCCUGGAGGCCCAGGUGGGGGAGAUUUUAAGACUGCUCUCAGAGCAGAGGAGAUCAAGCCUACAGCCACAGACUUCAUCCCCAAAAAGUGAACUCAAAUGUCAAGACAUUUUCAUUGUCUCUAGACCUGUUACUCCUGAGGCAGACAGAGAUGAUGGACCUUUUUGAAUCAAGAGAAAAACAUGUAUUUAUUUAUUUAUUUAUUUAUUUAUGUAUUUAAAAUAUGAUGGUGGGUUUAUUUAUAACGUUACCUCUUCUAACUACAAAAAGAAAAAUAUGUUAAAGGGGGAAAAAUAAUUUCUAUUGUAAAUAGAUGCAUGUCCAGCUGGAAUCUGGCCUGCCAAUGAAGUCUACUUUAAAAAUUGUAGUUGCUUGUACAUUUAUGACUGCAUGCACGACGAUUUCAUUUUUAUACGGACCCCAUGUGCUGGACUAUUUCUUGACUGACUAAUAUUUCAGGGCAUUUAUCUUCAAGAGCAGAAGCACUACACGGUGCACACAGGAGCUCUAUGGCUGUAAUAAAGGCUUGGUGUGGUAUUUGGUAGCACAGCUUGAACAGAACACCUCUUAAAACUUACUUAGCUAUUUUCAUCUUUUCACACGCUUUUCCACAACAUAUCCUCGUGUCUUGUUUAUUUAACUUGUUUAUUUAAAGUGUCUAACGCCCUAUAAAUCAUAGCAUGCAGAUUGUAGUUGGAUAUCCAAAAGAAAUGAUUUUUUAUUCUGAUAUAGAAAGUAAAAGAUAUGUAGCUCUUAUUUUUCUCAUCCUGUACCCAUUAAGCAAUACUUUUAUGUUAAUCUAAAUUUGACAUAGAGACAAUGUGGGAUGGGUGGGUAGAAACCCAUGAGUAUUAUAUGAGUGCAUGCUGGAUUUGUAAUAUUAAUUGCCAUGAAAGGAAGUUAAGACAACAUUAAAUUGUACAAAUUCAAAUAUCCAGCUUUAGUAUGGGCUACAUUCUGGAAGAUGUCUUAGACGCAUGAACAUUCCCAUGUCUAUAUUAUCAUAAGCAUGAACUUAUUUUUUUUUUCAGCAUGGUAACAGAUCCUUUUGGUACAUUUAUGUAAACAUUGAUGACCGAUAACAAGAUGUCAAUUUGGUAAAUGGAGAUUUUCUCAUAUUGAUUUCCUAUUUUAGUUUGUUUCACUUUAUCUUUAUCUUUUUUUUUUUUUUUUUUUUGGUUAUGUAGCCAAAGAAGGCGCUAAGGACACUUUCUGGAUUGACAGAAUUAGACGAGUAAAGAAUAUUCGCAUGCUAUCCAACUCAAACCCACACACUGUUAUGAUAUAGUAAUACUGGCAUUUAAAUUCAAUGCUAGUAGUUUUUUGUUACUUUCUCACAAAACACAACUUUUUAAGCUCACAUGGGGCACACAGGAAGGCAGCUCAGUGAUAUAUAGUGUUAUACAGCUAACAGUAACCUAGUAACACAGUUACUGUAUCUAGCAUGUUCCUUAUUCAGUUUCUUUUUUCUUCUUUUAGCAGUUAUUGAUAAACAAAUAAAUUGUUAGAAAUCUGAGUCGCGGACAGCACAAACCCAGUAUGACUAUAGCUGUAGUCAGCUGAAUGACUGUAGUCAGCUGAAUGACUGUAGUCAGCUGAAUGACUGAUUUUUUAAAUUCCUUUCCCCAUGUAUGUAUUUUGAACAGUUUAUAAAUCCAGGACUUAAAAUCAACGGGCUCAUACUGAAUAUUUACAGUGUAGUGCUACACCUUUUUUUUUUUUUACAUAUGGUUUAGUUGUUUAAUUUGCUGACACUUUAAUGACAAUUGAGGUUUUUUCUCUGGAAAGAUCAAAUUUGCCUAAUUUUACUGGCCUUAACAAAGACAAGCAAUAACCUUUCAGUUACAGUAGUGUUGGUCUCUAGUUUUGAGCCCUAUAGGUAUUUAGUAAUAUUAACACUCGAAGAAUACACUUACUGAAAACACUGAGCUUUAAAUACAUAAAUCAUUGGAGGCCUUGUAGAUGCUCCACCUUCCCUCAAAAGUGCAAAUGUCACAGAUUCAUUCUGCACAUAGAUAUGUGACGUGGUUGCUGUUAAUAGAGGAAUCUUAACACAGGCAUGUCCUUGCUCAAGAAAAUCAGGGUAUCACCAAAACAGAGUGAGAUGGUAUUAGUUACAGGAUGAUUAGCGAUAAUAUCUUCACAAUAUAAUAACUUUUACAAAUCUGGCAUCUGUCAGCAUAACCCUAAUCUUAACCGCUUAUUGCACACGGUCAGUUAUUAUAUUCUGGGUCAGCUAUUCUGAGUUUGAGUGCUUUCCCCCAUAUUUUAUAUAAAAAAAAGUGCUUAGCAGAUAUUAACAAUUUCAUAGAGUUUAUCAUGGAAAACCUCCUGCUUCAGCAUUUCUUAACGUGCAUCAUUCUUCAUGAUUCAUUGUACUCAGGCUUUGAGAGUGUAUGUGAGAGUAUACACCGAUGCAGGUUUAUGAGAUCAGCGAAUAAUGAGUGAAGCUUUUUUUUUUGCUGCAAAUUUAUCUUGUUAAAGAAAAAACUUUUUGCAUAAUUGUUUACUAAACUAAGAAGCUAAUGUUUUCUACUGUAGGCCUUUGCCUUCACUGAGUGAACUCAAAGUAGCAUAGGGGCAUUAGCUUUGCUCCUUUUCUCUGUGAAAUCUAUGACCCGAGAGAGAGAGUAGCACACAGGUUCUAACAUGAAUACGAACAUUUUAGAUACUGUAUAACAGAUGCUUUAACAAAAACAUUGCUCAUUUUUAAUGGAGAUGACUCACAUUGU